AUGGACGUGAAUACACAUUCUGAUAUCGUUAUUGAUACGCAUACACCACAUUUCUCAUGGCAAUUAGCUAAUGAAUACGAUGAUGAUGGACAUUUGGUCAGAGGGAUACAGCAAGUGGGUUAUCACAUUCUGGUACACGAUGCUGUCACUAGUCAACUGAUGUGGAAUAGUAACUAUGUGCAUUCUUCGUCAUGCUCACAUAUUCUUUAUGCCGGUGUACGAUUCAAUUCUGAUACGCGCUACACAGUAAUGAUCAAAUACUACACGACACAACAUGAAAGUCAAUGGUACAUGGCAUAUUUUCGUACUGCACUCUUUUCUAUCAAAGACUGGACAGGUCAAUGGAUUGGUAGUAAUGAAAUUAAUAUGAAUCAGUUACAUACUAUCGUCAAUCUAAAAUCGAUCAGAAUUCAGUCUGCUACUGCUUUCAUCAGUGGUAUUGGUUAUUAUCACUUGUAUGUUGAAGGUCAAUUGAUUGAUUCAUCACGACGGCUAGAUGUUGGCUGGACUACAUACCAACAACGUACACUCUAUGCUUCGUAUGAUCUCACUAAAAUAAUAAACAGUACUACGGAACAGAUUGGCAUCGGCAUUGUGUUAGGGCAAGGCUGGUACAAUCGACAGCAAUGGGCGAUUUCACUUGGUGCACACACUGCACUGGCCGAGCAAUAUGGUCCACCUCGUGUAUUAAUGCAAUUGAAUAUUCACUAUGUCGAUGGUUCUGUUCAGUCAAUUGUCACCGAUUCUUCGUGGCUAGGUCGAGAAGGCGAACAUCGCUUUGAUUCUGUGUACAUGGGCACAACAAUGGAUCUUCGAGCAACACUUUCUUGUUGGUCAUGUGCAAAUUUUACCAAGUCCAAUUCAUUGUGGAUCAAUGCUUCUACCUUGCCAUCACCGGUAAAUUUCACAGCUGGUGGUCAAUUCUCAUUACAAAUGAUGGAUCCUAUUCGUAUCGGCCCUGAUGCACUGCAUAUUGCAACUUCAGGUCAUUCAGGUCUCCUCGCAGGAGUUCAGGGUGCUAGCCUUACUGAUGGCGGUGUACUCAAGCCUAUUUCUCAAGAUUUCGUCAAUGGUCAAGUAUUUGAUCUUGGUCAAAACUUUGCCGGUUGGUGUAAAUUAUCUUCAUUAAAUGCUACUAAAUCUACCAUCAUCCAAUUGCGUUAUGCCGAACUACGAUACUCACGUGGUGCAAAUGGCAUUGAUUUUGCCGGAUUGUACUAUGAAAAUUUAGAUAGUAUUGCUGUGAUGGACACAGUAAUCUUAAAUGGAACAGGCAACGAAACAUUCGAGCCUCUUUUUACUAGUCAUGGUUUUCGUUAUUUGUUAGUGAAUGGCUAUAACAAUAUCAAUUCGAAUGAUGUCGAAUGUUACAAUGCUCAUAGCGAGACAACAUUAAUCGGUAAUUUUAGUAGCAGUAGUAUUGUUUUGAAUCAGAUUCAGCAUAAUAUUCUUUGGUCUCAGCUAAGCAAUUCUAUGUCACUGCCCUACGGUUGUCCUCAGCGAAAUGAUCGAACAGGAUGGAUGGGUGAUGCCGGACUCAGUGUCGAUGAAGCAUUAUAUAAUUUUGAUUAUGUCAACUUCUAUUUAAAUUUUCUAACUAUGAUCGAAGACAAUCAAACUCCUGAUGGUGCUGUCAGUGACACGGUGCCAUUCAUGACAGGUUUCAUUCCUGCUGAUCCAAACUGGGGUACAGCGUAUGUAACUAUUACUUGGUAUUUGUAUGAACACACAGGAGAUGUUACUAUCAUAGAAAAAUAUUAUAUAGGUAUUCAAGGAUGGAUUGAUCUUUUGAUUGACGAGUACAAGAAGACUGGAUUAGCGAACAUGUAUUAUCAUUGGGGUGAUUGGGUACCAGUGCAAAAAAUCAAGAACAAUUCACUGGUGUCUUCCUAUGCUUUUCUCCGCGAUGUGUACACAUUCAUCAAAAUGAGUGAAUUAUUGAAUCGGACCGAUAAUGUUCAGAAAUAUUCACAAAUAUAUCAACAGUUGACUCAAGAAUGGCAUCAUGUUUUCUAUAAUUCAAGUGUCAAUGGUUAUGCAGAUGGAAGUCAAUCAGCAAACAUAUUGUCUUUGGCGUUGUCCAAUGUGGUACCUGAAUCGCUUCGUGCUAUUGUACUCAAGUCAUUAGUCGACAGUCUCAUGAACACUGGUUAUUUUACUGGAGGUAUUAUUAGUGUAGCUGCCAUGUAUCCUCUUCUCUCCAAGGAAGGAUACCAUGAUCUUGCUUUAAAACUUGCUUUAUCAACCUCCUAUCCAUCCUAUGGCUACAUGUUUAACAAUCCUAUUCAAAAUGCUACAACUACAUGGGAACAAUGGAAUAGCUUGCCGACAGAAGCAAGAUCAUCGUUGAAUCAUCACAUGUUUAACAGUAUUGGUGCAUGGUUCUAUCGAUAUUUGGCGGGUAUUGAGUUGAAUGCAUUGAACACGAUCACUGUUCAUCCAAGAAUGUCCUAUGCUGCUGAUCUCUUGAACUAUACCGAAGCAGAAGUAGUGACUAUCAAGGGCAAAGUUCGAGUGCAAUGGAUGCGAACAUCAAUUGACUCCGUGAUAUUGUCAGUGACCAUACCAAACAAUAUGAAUGCAAAUAUCUUAUUUGAUCCAUUGAUCAAGAAAGGUCAAUGUCUGAAACUAAUGUGUGAUGAUGAAAUAGUUUGGAUGAGAGAAUAUCAAAAUGAUGAAUUGCAAUUGAUUACAAAUGUGCAUGGAGUGAGUGAUUUAUUUGAAAAUCACAUAACAGGUACCAUCUCUGUGAGAGUAACAUCUGGUGAAUAUACGUUUACUGCAUACUGGCAAUGA